ACGUGCAGCUUCUUUACUGGUUCCUUCUGAAUAAGUGCUUGCUGGGACGGUCCCUUACCUGCAGGGAUAUGACGUAAUGGCAAGAGAGGAGUUACGGAGCAAGAGACCUUUUAAGAUAUGGGACAGCUGGCGUAACGUAAGAAAGGGACUGGUUGUUAGCAAUUUCGAGGAACUGAUACACCGUGGCAAAGAGAAAUUGGGCGUGCCACAGAACGAGAAUGUGUCUCUAGUGUUGGAAUCGGACGGCACCCAGGUAGAAGACGGCGAAUACUUCAAGACCCUAGCGAACAACACGAUCCUGCUGUUGCUGCGGCAUGGUGAACGUUGGUUUCCAACGGGGGUCGACAUCAUACGCGCCGCGAUUUCAGCCAUACCGAAAAUAGUCUGCGAGACGAUACACGCGCUGGAGCUGCACGAUGAAACGCCGUCGUGGAAAAUCAUGGACAAUAAGGGACGGGUCACCGUUGUGUUGCACUGGGACCAACGUUCGUCCGCGUCGUCGCAGGUGCAGCAACAACAGAAAGUACCAGAUGCCCAGAGCUCCAAGUAUUCGCCGACUAAGAAAACGGAUCUGAGCGGUAGCCAAAGGCCGUCGCUGGUUAUACAGACCAGUUUGGACAAGUUGAACUACGGACCGAAAUCGGGGCACCUGGCGGGCGAGAUCGGUCCCAGCCGCUACACCAGCCCCCAAAUCACUGUGAUAAAUCAUGACGACAUGCAGCAGCAGCAGCAGCCGCAGCCGCAGCCACACGGAAUCCCGGCCAGGCUGGUGAAGCAGAGUACCAAUUCCUUCGACAGCACCACCAUUCAUAUCCACACACCCGAGUGUUCGAAUCACAUUCAUCAGCCGGUAGCGAGGAACGGGAGCCCGGUGAACGGUGCGGACGGCGGACCUAGCGGCGAGUGCGACUUCCAUUGCUGCGCCCUGCACGAGGAGGGGCGUAGGAUCGCUGUCCACAAAUCGGUCGCCACAUCGCCGAUCCAGGACGCCCAGCACCAACAGUACCAACAGCAACAUCACCACCCGCAUCCAUCGUCCCAGCAGCAACAGCAACAACAGCAACCGCCCCAGCAGCAACAGACGCAGACGUCCUCACCUCAGCCACCCUCCUCGUUAUCGGACGGCACCCGACGGCCAGGUCUGAGCAAGGGUCACGUACGUUUCUGCGACACCGCCGACGAGGAGUCGAGCUCCCGUUUGGCGGGCAACUCGACCGGCGGCUUUCAUCUCCAUCAUCAUCACAAUCAUCAUCAGGAGCACGACAGCUCCGAGUCGGAGACCGAGAACACGAUCAUGGAGGACGAGAUCGUGACCUCGGAGAAGUUUUUACUGCUGAUCGAUCAGCUAACGGUAGAUCAGAAACACUUAAGCAUCAAGGACAUAGGUAUCAUCCUCGAACGGCUCAGCUCGAAGAUCCUCGACGUCGAACGGCUAGAUCGCGAGAGCGAGAGCGAGGAGUGUUACAACUGGACGAUCAAGGCGAUCAUCAGGGGAGACGUGUUGAGGGAGCUUGGGGUUAUCUACAACGGGAAUUACUACGCUAUCUCGGAGCAUCCCGGUUACAAGGAGGAGUCCGAGGAGAAUAACGAGGAUAACGAGGAGGAGGAGGAGGAUAGACUUUAAUAUGAUGCUGUUUUACUAGAUAGAUAGUUAGAUAGAUAGAUAGAUAGAUAGAUAGACAGAUUAUAUACCUAUUAAUGGUUAUUAUUAAUAUAGUAUGUAUCGAGCUGCGGGGGGAGGCAGGGGAAUCGAGAACGAUGGUAGAAAAGGGUGCAAUAGAUGGGGGUGGGGAGGGAGAAAGAGUAGAGAAGGGAUGGAAAGAUUCGAGGGUACGUUCCAUUUACGAUAUGGGGGAGAUAUUGGGAUAGGUCGGGGAAGACGGUAAACGAGCGAUGAAACGUGAUUUUUUUUCAAAAUGUUUUCAUAAUAAAACACAAAAGAAUGCAUCAUAAUAAAAAGAACAAAAAAAAAAAAUGAAAUCAUACGAUACCUUAAACUUAGUUCUAAAGACGGUUGUUGAAAUAUGUACUUAUUAAAUAGUAUGUAUACUUGUAGGAAACAUUUUUGGGAUUACGGACAUUGAUUCCGUAACCGUCCACAACACUGCCCUAUCUAAAAAACAAAAAACAAAAAAAAGAAAUAGAGAGAAAUGAAGAGGAGGAUUCACGCGAGCGUUGUUCGCGCUGUUCUACUCGCGAUCCCGCCGACGCGGCGCGUUCUCGUCCCUCGACGUCUCGACGCCUCGAAUUACUCGUCAUACGAUAACCCGGACACGGAGAGGAGAGAUUGUCGGCUCUGACGAGGGAAACUGCCAAAAAAAAAAAGAAACACGUCGCUCCUGAUACCGCGAGGAACACCGUCGAGAGGAUAGAGCUGCACCGGAGGCGGGUAACGAAGACGAGACGACGGGAGGAUUUAUAGGAGGAAGAGGAGAAACCGUCGAUCGCAUCGAUCGUGAAUUCUCCUUGCGUUCACGGGGCAAUAUCGCUAUAAAAGCUCAUCGACGUCGCAGUCGGGCACAUUCCUUUUCAAUCGAAAGGAUUCUCGUUUUCCUUCUAACGCGAUGUCGCGUGUGCCGUUUCUUCCAAAAAUCCUAGGGAUAAAAAUCAAGGGUCGAGGUCCGUUCGGAAUGAUAAAGAAACUUUGUUCCUCGCCGGUCCGUAAGAAACGAAUUGAUCCGAUUGCCCGAUUGUACGACCACGCGCGUACAUACACACACGUACACGUAUAUACACUAGGGAUGUGCGGGUACCCGAAAAUUUGGGUGGGUUUCGAAUUGGGAAUUUCUUCAAUUCGGACGGAAUUUUGAAAAUUUUCCCUGGGCGUCAAUUUGUUCGGGUACCCGUAAUUUCGGAACGGGUACCUGAAUAAAUUUAUGUUCUAGUCGAACUUUCAGGAUACCGACUUGAUCCGAUUAUUACCCGAACCGACCCGAGUCUCGGGUACCCGGAUAAAUUUAUGUUCUGAUCGAAACUUUGGGAUUUCAAUACCCGGAUAAAUUUAUGUUCUGGUCGAAAUUUUGGGAUCUCAAUACCCGAAUAAAUUUAUGUUCUAGUUGAACUUUUGAGAUAUCGGCUUGAUUCGAUUAUUACCCGAACCGACCCGAGUCUCGGGUACCCGGAUAAAUUUAUGUUCUGGUCGAAAAUUUUCGGGUACCCGCACAUCCCUGAUACACACACACACACAUACAUAAAUACACUCAGCAAUUACAGACACGCGAUACGGUAGAGAGAUAAUUACGGAGGACCUCAUUCAGGAUUUAACGUUAGCGGAUACGCUACGAUAAGUGAUACCGAUACAUAAGGAAAAUUAGCCGCGCCGCGUACUAAAUGUCCGGCGUACUCCGUGAAAACUUUGCAAUUUUAAUAUAUUUCUAUUGUAAGUAUAUUUGACACUGCGAACAAGAGAACACGACGACAACUAUUCGAUUAAACGUCGUACGUAGCGAUAACGUCGUGCAAGAAGAAACCACACUUUAUACAUAACGUAUAUAUAUAUAUAAUAUAUAUAUAAAACGUAUACAUAUAAAUAUAUACAGAAACGAUGACUCCGUAGAGAGGACUCGGUGCUCGAGAUAAGGAACCAACGAUGGAAAAAGAUCGAUUCGAUUCGAUCCGUUUGCUUUCAGGGUUCGAAAGCUGUUUCGUUCGGGCCACGUAGCUCGUUUUAUCCUCGAUUCUUCCUCGCGUUGCGUUUCUCGUAUCGACUGGAGGAACUUGACCGUACGAGGUGAACGAAAACCGGGGGGGGAGGGUUGAAAGAGAACACAGAGGGUGCGCGAGAUGGAACGAGUGGCUGUGAGAAUCCUGCGAUUGCCCGUGUGUAUGUGCGAGUGCGUGUGCGAUAGAGAUGGAAAAUUUGGUUGAAAAAGGAGAGGGAGACGGAACGGAGCGCAUCUUUAGUUGCACGAUACUUUUCUUCCUUAUUUUCUCUGAUAUUGUACACUCGAGAUGAAAUCAGGCUUCCUUAGAGAAAAUGACUAUAUAGGGAUUCUGAAAAUCCUGAUUUUCAUCAUAUUAAUGUUAACAGUAAUUUAGAAAAAGAAAUAAUAUAAUUUUAUUUAUUAUAUACGACUGAAAAGCGAACAUCAAUUCAAAUUUUCCCGCGUAAGCGUUCAUACGCAAGAGGUGGGAGGUGACAGGCCCCUGUUGCUCCUGCGUCACGCACCGCGCGGACGCCUACGUGGAAGCAUGCUACCAGGGGCAGUAUCAUUUUUCCCGUGGAAGCCUGUUUUCGAUUUAACGAAACUGAUAGACGUGUUAUCCGUGCUUUCACACGUUUACAGGUUUAUUUCGUAGUGCUACUUGAAACUACCAAUCGGUAAACGAACGAAUCAUUAAAAUUAACUAAACGAACGGAUGAAAUAAAGACGAGAAUAAUAAAUCCCAACACUACUACUAAUAAUAAUUAAAAAGGAAAAUAAAAAAAAAAGAAUAAAAAGGAUUGUUAUAAGUUGUAACUGUUGUUUUUGGUACGCGCAGAUACUUAAACGAACCUCAUGAGAAAAUUACGUUCAUUUUGCGUUCAUUUUCGCAGCCUUUCCCUGGAUCCUUUGAUCGAAACAGCGAGCGACAGAGUACCGAGGCACAGAAUAAGUAACCUCGCAUUACGAUUACCUCUGUGUAUCUGCAUGGCCGCACUACGGAGGAAACUAACAAGAGCGAAAGUGAGAAAGUAUGUAAGCGUGAAAGUGUGAGAGAGCGUAACGUUACGAAACAAUUAAUAGUAGCUACACAUUUGUCGUCGCUUAGCGUCUCUUGCCGCGUAGUACGUUUUAGGAUCCUACCGAUCGAGGUAAGAUUAGCACCAGCCAGACUGGCCGAUGUAAUAUCGGCGAUGGAUCAGCGGAAUCGAGAAGAUUGUUAAGCGAUCGUAACGUAGAAGGAGUCUUCCCUCGCGCGGUCAGCAGCGAGUUUACGCGCACCGGCACGCGUGAACGUGAGAUACAGGCGUGAAUAGGAGAUAAUUAAGGGGGAAUUAAUCACAAUCCGCAAUCCUACUGUGCACUGUCGAAACGAAACAUAAAAUGAUGUAGUGCGAAUUAAGAUUUUUUAAGCAUUACGAACGAUGUACUGACUUUUUUAACGACGUUUUAUCACGUUACGGAGUACUAUAUAUAUAUAUAUAUACAUACCGAAGAAAUAUAAACAAAUAUAAAUAAAUGAAUAUAUAUAUACACACACACACAUACAGAGAAUACAUACACGAUAACAGACGCGUACACCGUAAAACGUAUUAUAAACACACAAGUGUCAGCGAGCGAGUGUCUGAAUCAGUUUGACGAAUGAUGCGCCAAAAAGCAAGAAUGUAAAUAAUAAAGAACCAUAUAUAUACACA